AUGUCGGUAUGUCGGGAGGACGCUGCAGGACAGAGUCCACCCUUCCACUCUGAUUGCUCCUUCCUGGUGGGGGAGCAGGAGGGGGGCACACCCCAGGGUGUGGCCUGGGAAAGGCUGAAGCCUGUGGACGCGCUGUCCCCUUCCCAGAUGUGUGCCGUUGAGAAGCAGCGGGAUGAAGGGAAAGAGAUACACGAGUGCCUGGUGACCCGUGUCUCCACCCUGUGCCUUGGGCUUGGGCUGCUGGCUGUCUCUGCAGAUCUGCCCAUUCAGCUGCUGGCAUCUGGAAUCUCCACGUCCAGUCUCCGAGAUUCCCAGGGCCCAUUCCGAGGGCAGGGAGGGCGGCCUAAUUUGGCACCCCUGGUUAUGAAGGCCGAUCGUGGGCCUCUGCCUGGUCAGGACAACCAGGAGCUCUUCCUGGGCCGGGUCCUGGGGAUGAAGGGCAUGUCUGGAGCUGGAGUGCAGGACAGAUUCUCAGCUGUGACCGGGCCCCGGGCGCUGAGUGGGGACAAGGCCCGGGCCGGCACAGGCAGGAUGGACAAUCUUAGGGGCCAGGCAGGAGGUCACCCUGGGCAGUUCGAGUUGCUCCGCGAAUCUCACUGGGUGCCCGUCACAGCUUUGUCACUCGUCAGAGACGGGCGGCAGGAGGUGCUCGGUGACUUGCCCAAAGCUCGCCAGCUGGAAGAUGGCAGCGCCGGGCUUCCAGCCGGCUUAGUCCUGCCCCAAAGCUCCCUCUGCACCACUUCCUGUGUUGAGAAUGACAGCUGGGGGACCAUGGAGGAUGCUGAGGGGAGGCUGAUCCUGGAGCAGGAGGACGCCUUCCCUAUAUGGGGAUGGUGGUUCUUCCUGGGCAACGGGCUGGCGAAGGCCCUGCACCUUGGGAGCCUGACUGUGGGAAGCUGGCAGGCCUCCCGAGUGGCACGGGCAGGGCCUCUGAAGGCCAGCCUGGAGGCCCAGGCUCAGCCCUGCCUCUUUCCUGAUCAGCAGAUGCAGAACCCGGAGGUCCUGGGUCUGUCCUGGCUCUGCCUGCCACUCACCUGGGUGGUCCACGGGCUGCAAGCGUAUGAUGGCUUGUCUCUGCCCGAGGACGCCGACACUGUCACGGCGGGCCGGGCCGGCUGGAGGUACUCAGACCUCUCUGACGACGAGGACUUGCUGGCUGACGAGGCCUCUGGAGGGGCCUCUGUGGCCGAGCUCAUGGCCUCCACGCUCCGGCCCGCAGAGCGCCACCCACCCGGCCCCCGGGAGCCCAGCCCAGUGCGGUCCCUGCGUUUCAGAGCCGACAGCGACGCUGUCACAAGCACUCUCUCUCCGUUUUAUUUCCGGGCCCUGGUAAACUUCACCCGCUCCAUCCACUACAGCCCUCAGCUGGAGGAUGCAGGCUCCGAGGAGUUCCGGAAGGUGUCCGAGGCGGUGGUAGACACGCUCGAGUCAGAGUACUUGAAGAUUCCUGGAGACCAGGUUGUCAGUGUGGUGUUCAUCAAGGAGCUGGACGGGUGGGUCUUUGUGGAGCUGGACGUGGGCUCAGAAGGGAAUGCGGACGGGGCUCAGAUUCAGGAGGUGCUGAGCACGGUCAUUUCUAGCGGUUCCGUUGCCUCCUACAUCACCUCUCCCCAGGGCUUCCAGUUCCGUCGCCUGGGUACAGUGCCCCAGGUCUCGAGAGUCUGCACCGAGGCCGAGUUUGCCUGCCACAGCCACAACGAGUGCAUAGCCCUGGAGUAUCGCUGUGACCGGAGGCCUGACUGCAGGGACAUGUCUGAUGAGCUCAAUUGUGAGGAGCCGGUCCCAGAGCUCAGCUCCGUACCCCCCGCUCUGGCGGAGACACGACCCUUAGCGCCCCAGCCGGAGGCGACCACCCCACAGCAGCUCCCAGGCAUGCCCACUCCCCAGCUUCUGGUCCCCAGCCCAGGCCGGCCUCUGCCCUGUGGGCCUCACGAGGCCACCUGCCACAGCGGGCACUGCAUCCCCAAAGACUACAUCUGUGACGGGCAGGAGGACUGCAAGGAUGGCAGCGACGAGCUGGACUGCGGCCCCGCCCCACCCUGUGAGCCCAAUGAGUUCCCCUGUGGGAACGGGCACUGCGCCCUCAAGCUGUGGCACUGUGAUGGGGACUUUGACUGUGAGGACCGCACCGAUGAGGCCGACUGCCCUGCCAAGCGCCCCGAGGACGUGUGUGGGCCCACGCAGUUCCGCUGUGUCUCCACAAACACAUGUAUCCCGGCCAGCUUCCACUGUGACGAGGAGAGCGACUGUCCCGACCGCAGUGAUGAAUUUGGCUGCAUGCCCCCCCAGGUGGUGACUCCUCCCCAGGAGUCCCUCCAGGCUUCCCGGGGCCAGACAGUGACCUUCACCUGCGUGGCCAUUGGCGUCCCCACCCCCAUCAUCAACUGGAGGCUUAACUGGGGCCACAUCCCCUCUCAUCCCAGGGUGACAGUGACCAGCGAAGGAGGCCGUGGCACGCUGACCAUCCGUGAUGUGAAGGAGGCAGACCAGGGGGCCUACACCUGUGAGGCCAUGAAUGCCCGGGGCAUGGUGUUUGGCAUUCCUGACGGUGUUCUGGAGCUCAUUCCGAAGCGAGGGCCCUGCCCCGAUGGGCACUUCUACCUGGAACACAGCGCCUCCUGCCUGCCCUGCUUCUGUUUUGGGGUCACCAGCGUGUGCCAGAGCAGCCGCCGCUUCCGAGACCAGAUCCGGCUGCGCUUUGACCGGCCCGAUGACUUCAAGGGCGUGAACGUGACAAUGCCCGCGCAGCCCGGCAUGCCACCCCUCUCCUCCACCCAGCUACAGAUCGACCCUGCUCUGCAGGAGUUCCAGCUGGUCGACCUGUCCCGACGCUUCCUGGUGCAUGACUCUUUCUGGACUCUGCCUGAGCAGUUCCUGGGCAAUAAGGUGGACUCCUACGGUGGCUCCUUGCGCUACAAGGUGCGCUACGAGCUGGCCCGGGGCAUGCUGGAGCCAGUGCAGCGGCCGGAUGUGGUCCUCGUGGGCGCCGGAUAUCGCCUCCUCUCCCGAGGGCACGUGCCCACCCAGCCUGGCACUCUGAACCAGCGGCAGGUUCAGUUCUCCGAGGAGCACUGGGUCCACGAGUCCGGCCGGCCGGUGCAGCGGGCUGAGAUGCUGCAGGUGCUGCAGAGCCUGGAGGCCGUGCUCAUCCAAACGGUGUACAACGCCAAGAUGGCCAGUGUGGGACUGAGUGACAUUGCCAUGGACACCACUGUCACCCACGCCACCAGCCACGGCCAGGCCCACAGCGUGGAGGAGUGCAGAUGCCCCAUUGGCUAUUCCGGCUUAUCCUGCGAGAGCUGUGAUGCCCAUUUCACCCGGGUGCCGGGCGGGCCCUACCUGGGCACCUGCUCUGGCUGCAACUGUAAUGGGCACGCCAGCUCUUGUGACCCUGUGUAUGGCCACUGCCUGAAUUGCCAGCACAACACAGAGGGGCCACAGUGCAACAAAUGCAAGGCUGGCUUCUUUGGGGAUGCCACCAAGGCCACGGCCACUGCCUGCCGGCCCUGCCCUUGCCCGUACAUUGACGCCUCCCGCAGAUUCUCGGACACCUGCUUCCUGGACACGGAUGGCCAAGCCACAUGCGAUGCAUGUGCCCCAGGCUACACAGGCCGUCGCUGUGAGAGCUGUGCCCCGGGAUAUGAGGGCAACCCCAUCCAGCCCGGCGGGAAGUGCAGGUCCACCAACCAGGAGAUUGUGCGCUGUGACGAGCGAGGCAGCAUGGGGACUUCUGGGGAGGUCUGUCGCUGUAAGAACAACGUGGUGGGGCGUCUGUGCAACGAGUGUGCGGCCGGCUCUUUCCACCUGAACGCCCGCAACCCUGACGGCUGCCUCAAGUGCUUCUGCAUGGGUGUCAGCCGCCAGUGCACCAGCUCGUCCUGGAGCCGUGCCCAGGUGCAUGGGGCUUCUGAGGAGCCGGGACAAUUCAGCCUGACCAACGCCGCGGGCACCCACACCACCAGUGAGGGCAUCUCCUCACCUGCGCCCGGGGAGCUGGUCUCCUCCUUCCACAGCCUCCUGGCCGGACCCUACUUCUGGAGCCUCCCCUCACGCUUUCGCGGGGACAAGGUGACCUCGUACGGAGGAGAGCUGCGUUUCACGGUGACCCAGAGGCCCCAGCCCGGCUCCACGCCCCUGCACGGGCAGCCCCUGGUUGUCCUGCAGGGCAAUGGCAUUGUCUUGGAGCAUCACACUUCCCAGGAGCCCAGCCCUGGCCAGCCCAGCACCUUCACAGUGCCUUUCCGGGAGCAAGCAUGGCAACGGCCUGAUGGGCAGCCGGCCACACGAGAGCACCUGCUAAUGGCACUGGCGGGCAUCGACACCCUCCUGAUCCAGGCGUCCUUCAGCCAGCGGCCAGCUGAGAGCAGGGUCUCUGGUAUCAGCAUGGACGUGGCUGUACCUGAGGACACUGGCCAGGACCCGGCGCUGGAAGUGGAGCAGUGCACCUGCCCACCCGGGUACCGUGGCCCAUCCUGCCAGGACUGUGACACAGGCUACACACGAAUGCCCAGUGGACUGUACCUGGGCACCUGUGAACGUUGCAGUUGCCAUGGCCAUACCGAGGUCUGUGAGCCUGAAACAGGUGCCUGCCAGGGCUGCCAACACCACACAGAGGGCCCUCAGUGUGAGCAGUGCCAGCCCGGAUACUACGGGGAUGCCCAGCGGGGGACACCACAGGACUGCCAGCCGUGCCCAUGCUAUGGAGCCCCCGCCGGCAGCCAGGCUACCCAUACUUGCUUUCUGGACACUGACGGCCACCCCACCUGUGAUGCGUGCUCCCCAGGCCACAGCGGGCGUCACUGCGAGAGGUGUGCCCCAGGUUACUAUGGCAACCCCAGCCAGGGCCAGCCAUGCCGAAGAGACGGCCAACUGCCAGAGCCCAUCGGCUGUGGCUGUGACCCCCAGGGCAGCAUCAGCAGCCAGUGUGACGCUUCUGGCCAGUGCCAUUGCAAGGCCCAGGUGGAAGGCCUCACGUGCAGUCACUGCCGGCCCCACCACUUCUUCCUGAGCGCCAGCAACCCCGACGGCUGCCUGCCCUGCUUCUGCAUGGGCGUCACCCAGCAGUGCACCAGCUCGUCCUAUGCCCGCCGCCUGAUCUCCACCCGCUUUGCCCCUGGGGACUUCCAAGGCUUUGCCCUGGUGAACCCGCAGCGGAACAGCCGCCUGACAGGAGGCUUCAGCGUGGAACCCGUGUCUGAGGGCUCCCAGCUCUCCUUUGGGAACUUCGCCCAGCUCGGCCACGAGUCCUUCUACUGGCAGCUGCCGGAGGUGUACCAGGGAGACAAGGUGGCGGCUUACGGCGGGAAGCUGCGAUAUACCCUCUCCUACACAGCAGGGCCGCAGGGCAGCCCGCUCUCUGACCCUGACGUCCAGAUCACGGGCAACAACAUCAUGCUGGUGGCCUCCCAGCCGGUGCUGCAGGGCUCCGAGAGGAAGAGCUUCGAGAUCGUCUUCCGAGAGGAAUUCUGGCGCCGGCCUGAUGGGCAGCCGGCCACGCGGGAGCACCUGCUGAUGGCACUGGCUGACCUGGAUGAGCUUCUGGUCCGGGCCACGUUCUCCUCGAUGCCACUGGCAGCCAGCAUCAGCUCCGUCAGCCUGGAGGUGGCCCAGCCCAGGCCCUCGGAGGGACCCCGGGCCCUGGAGGUGGAGGAAUGCCGUUGUCCCCCGGGCUAUGUUGGUUUAUCCUGCCAAGACUGUGCCCCGGGCUACACGCGCACUGGCAGUGGGCUCUACCUCGGCCACUGUGAGCUGUGUGAAUGCAACGGCCACUCAGACCUGUGCCACCCAGAGACGGGGGCCUGCUCGCAGUGCCAGCACAACGCCGCUGGGGAGUUCUGUGAGCUGUGUGCGCCUGGCUACUACGGAGACGCUACCGCUGGGACACCGGAGGACUGCCAGCCCUGCGCCUGCCCACUCACCAACCCGGAGAACACGUUCUCCCGCACCUGUGAGAGUCUGGGGGCUGGUGGGUAUCACUGCACGGCCUGCGAACCUGGCUACACUGGCCAGUACUGUGAGCAAUGUGCCCCAGGUUACGUGGGUAAUCCCAACGUGCGGGGGGGCCGGUGCCUGCCACAAGCAGAUGCAACCCCGCUGGUGGUCCAGGUGCAUCCAGCUCGGAGCAUAGUACCCCAAAGUGGCUCCCACUCCCUGCGGUGCCAGGUCACUGGGAGCCCACCCCACUACUUCUACUGGUCUCGUGAGGAUGGGCGUCCCAUGCCCAGCAGCACCCAGCAGCGACAUCAAGGCUCUGAGCUCCACUUCCCCAGCGUCCAGCCCUCGGAUGCUGGCGUCUAUAUCUGCACCUGUCGUAAUCUCCAUCACGCCAACAGCAGCCGGGCAGAGCUGCUGGUCACUGAGGCUCCCAGCAAGCCCAUCACGGUGACGGUAGAAGAGCAGCGCAGCCAGAGCGUGCGCCCCGGAGCCGACGUCACUUUCAUCUGCACGGCCAAGAGCAAGUCUCCGGCUUACACCCUGGUUUGGACCCGCCUGCACAACGGGAAGCUGCCGGCCCGGGCCAUGGACUUCAACGGCAUCCUGACCAUUCGCAACGUCCAGCCGAGUGACGCGGGUACCUACGUGUGCACUGGCUCCAACAUGUUCGCCAUGGACCAGGGCACAGCCACGCUGCAUGUGCAAGCCUCGGGCACCCCGUCCGCCCCCGUGGUUUCCAUCCACCCACCACAGCUCACCGUGCAGCCUGGGCAGCUGGCUGAGUUCCGCUGCAGCGCCACAGGGAACCCCACACCCACCCUCGAGUGGACAGGGGGCCCUGGGGGCCAGCUCCCUCAGAAGGCACAGUUCCACGGCGGCAUCCUGCGCCUGCCGGCCGUCGAGCCCUCGGAUCAAGCCCAGUACCUGUGUCGUGCCCAUAAUAGCGCCGGGCAGCACGUGGGCAGGGCCGUGCUCCACGUGCAUGGGGGCAGCGGGCCCAGGGUCCAGGUGAGUCCAGAGAGGACUCAGGUGCACGAAGGCCGCACCGUCAGGCUAUACUGCAGGGCCGCAGGUGUGCCCAGCGCCACUAUCACCUGGAGGAAGGAAGGGGGCAGCCUCCCCCCACAGGCCCGGUCCGAGCGCACGGACAUCGCCACGCUGCUCAUCCCGGCCAUCACGGCUGCCGACGCCGGCUUCUACCUCUGCGUGGCCACCAGCCCCGCGGGCACUGCGCAGGCCAGGAUCCAAGUGGUUGUCCUUCCAGCCUCAGGCGCCAGCUCCCCACCCGUCAGAAUUGAGUCCUCAUCACCGUCCGUGACUGAAGGCCAGACGCUGGACCUCAACUGUGUGGUGGCAGGGCUGGCCCACACCUCCGUCACGUGGUACAAGCGAGGAGGCAGCCUGCCUCCCCACAGCCAGGUGCGUGGCUCCCGGUUACGGCUUUCCCAGGUCUCACCGGCUGAUUCUGGAGAAUACGUAUGCCGAGUGGAGAACGAGUCAGGCCCCAAGGAGGCCUCCAUCAUCAUCUCUGUCUUACAUAGCACCCACUCAGGCCCGAGCUACACCCCAGUUCCUGGAGGAGGCCCUCUGGGCAGCUCCCAGCUCAUCCGCAUCGAGUCCUCCUCCUCCCACGUGGCCGAAGGGCAGACCCUGGACCUGAACUGCGUGGUGCCCGGGCAGGCCCACGCCCAGGUCACGUGGCACAGGCGCGGGGGCAGCCUCCCCGCUCGGCACCAGACCCAUGGCUCGCUGCUGCGGCUGCACCAGGUGUCCCCAGCUGACUCAGGCGAGUACGUGUGCCGCGUGGUCCUUGGCUCUGGGCCCCUGGAGACCUCUGUCCUGGUCAACAUCAAGGCCUCCGGCUCCCCUGCGGGCUCCAUCCCUGCCCCAGGACCUGUCCCACCUGUCAGGAUCGAGUCCACCUCCCCCACCGUGGCCGAGGGGCAGACCCUGGAUCUGAGCUGUGUGGUGGCAGGGCAGGCCCACGCCCAGGUCACGUGGUACAAGCGCGGGGGCAGCCUGCCCGCCCGGCACCAGGUCCGCGGCUCCCGCCUGUACAUCUUCCAGGCCUCGCCAGCUGACGCAGGCGAGUACGUUUGCCGGGCCAGCAAUGGGCUGGAGGCCUCCAUCACAGUCACAGUAACCAGGACCCAGGGGGCCAACUUCGCCUACCCUCCGGCCGGCUCCCAGCCCAUCCGCAUCGAGUCCUCCUCCUCCCACGUGGCCGAAGGGCAGACCCUGGAUCUGAACUGUGUGGUGCCCGGGCAGGCCCACGCCCAGGUCACAUGGCAUAAGCGCGGGGGCAGCCUCCCCGCCCGACACCAGACCCACGGCUCACUGCUGAGACUACACCAGGUGUCCCCAGUUGACUCGGGCGAGUAUGUGUGCCGCGUGGUGGGUGGCUCGGUGCCCCUGGAGGCCUCUGUCCUGGUGACCAUUGAGCCUGCAGGCUCUGUACCCGCACUGGGGGUCACCCCUCCUGUCCGGAUCGAGUCCUCCUCCUCCCACGUGGCUGAAGGGCAGACCCUGGAUCUGAACUGCCUGGUUGCUGGGCAGACCCAUACCCAGGUCACGUGGCACAAACGUGGGGGCCGCCUCCCCGCUCGGCACCAGGUGCAUGGCUCAAGGCUGCGCCUGCCCCAGGUGACCCCAGCCGACUCUGGAGAGUACGUGUGCCGCGUGGUAAGCAGCUCGGGCACCCAAGAAGCCUCUGUCCUCGUCACCAUCCAGCAACACCUUGGCCCCUCCCACCCCCAGGGUGUGGUGUACCCCGUCCGCAUUGAGUCGUCCUCGGCCUCCCUGGCCAACGGACACGUCCUGGACCUCAACUGCCUGGUGGCCAGCCAAGCCCCCCACACCAUCACCUGGUAUAAGCGUGGAGGCAGCCUACCCAGCCGGCACCAGAUCGUGGGCUCCCGACUCCGGAUCCCCCAGGUGACACCAGCCGACUCGGGCGAAUAUGUGUGUCACGUCAGUAACGGUGGUGGCUCCCAGGAGACCUCACUUGUCGUUACCAUCGAGGGCAGCGGUCCCUCCCACGUGCCCAGCGUCUCCCCGCCCAUCAGGAUCGAGUCCUCGUCCCCCACCGUGGUCGAAGGGCAGACCUUGGAUCUGAACUGUGUGGUCGCCAGGCAGCCCCAGGCCACCAUCACGUGGUACAAGCGUGGGGGCAGCCUUCCUGCCCAACACCAGGCCCACGGCUCCCGCCUGCGGCUGAACCACAUGUCUGUGGCUGACUCGGGCGAGUACGUGUGCCGGGCCAACAACAACAUCGAUGCCCAGGAGGCCUCCAUUGUGGUCUCAGUCUCCCCCAGGGCCGGCAGCCCCUCCGCCCCUGGCGGUGCUGUGCCCAUCAGAAUCGAGUCCUCCUCCUCCCGCGUGGCCGAAGGGCAGACCGUGGACCUGAACUGCGUGGUCCCUGGACAGGCCCACGCCCAGGUCACGUGGCACAAGCGCGGGGGCAGCCUCCCCACUCACCACCAGGCCCACGGCUCCCGGCUGCGGCUGUACCAGGUGUCCCCGGCUGACUCGGGCGAGUAUGUGUGCCACGUGAUGAGCGGCUCGGGUUCCCUGGAGGCCUCAGUCCUGGUCAACAUCGAGGCAUAUGGCUCCAGCGCUGUUCCUGUCCCUGCCCCAGGUGGAGCCCCGCCCAUCCGCAUUGAGACCUCCUCUUCCCACGUGGCCGAAGGGCAGACCCUGGAUCUGAACUGCGUGGUCCCUGGACAGGCCCACGCCCAGGUCACGUGGCACAGGCGCGGGGGCAGCCUUCCUGCCCGGCACCAGGUCCACGGACCCCUGCUAAGGCUGAAUCAGGUGUCCCCGGCUGACUCUGGAGAGUACUCGUGCCAAGUGACCAGCAACUCAGGCACCCUGGAGGCUUCUGUCCUCGUCACAGUUGAGGCCUCCAGCCCAGGCCCCAUUCCCGCCCCUGGACUGGCGCAGCCCAUCUACAUCGAGGCCUCCUCCUCCCACGUGGCCGAAGGACAGACCCUGGACUUGAACUGCGUGGUGCCUGGGCAGGCCCAUGCCCGGGUCACGUGGUACAAGCGUGGGGGCCGCCUCCCCACCCAGCACCAGACCCACGGCUCCAGGCUACGGCUGCACCAUGUCUCCCCUGCCGACUCCGGCGAGUAUGUGUGCCGCGUGGCUGGCGGCUCUGGCCCCGAGCAGGAGGCUUCCUUCACAGUCACUGUCCCACCCAGUGCGGGGUCCUCCUACCGCCUCAGGAGCCCUGUCAUCUCUAUCGACCCACCUAGCAGCACUGUGCAACAGGGCCAAGAUGCCAGCUUCAAGUGCCUCAUCCAUGACGGGGCAGCCCCCAUCAGCCUCGAGUGGAGAACUCGGAGUCAAGAACUGGAGGACAAUGUCCACAUCAGCCCCAACGGCUCCAUCAUCACCAUCGUGGGCACCCGGCCCAGCAACCACGGUGCUUACCGCUGCGUGGCCUCCAACACCUACGGUGUGGCCCAGAGUGUCGUGAACCUCAGUGUGCACGGGCCCCCUACUGUGUCUGUGCUCCCCGAGGGCCCCGUGCGGGUGAAAGUGGGCAAGUCUGUUACCCUGGAGUGUGUCAGUGCUGGGGAGCCCCGCUCUUCGGCUCGCUGGACCCGGAUUGGUGCCCCCACCAACGUGGAGCAGCGGAUGUAUGGGGUCGUGGACAGCCACACGGUGUUGCAGAUCUCAUCAGCUAAACCAUCAGAUGCAGGCAUCUACAUAUGCCUGGCUCAGAACGCACUGGGCACAGCACAGAAGCGGGUGGAGGUGAUUGUGGACACAGGCGCUAUGGCCCCAGGGGCCCCGCAGGUCCAAGUUGAAGAAGCCGAGCUGACCGUAGAGGCUGGACACACAGCCACCCUGCGCUGCUCAGCCACAGGCAGCCCCACGCCCACCAUCCACUGGUCCAAGCUGCGCUCCCCACUGCCCUGGCAGCACCGGCUGGAAGGUGACACACUCAUCAUCCCCCGCGUAGCCCAGCAGGACUCAGGCCAGUACAUCUGCAAUGCCACCAGCCCCGCCGGCCACGCUGAGGCCACCGUCGCCCUGCACGUGGAGAGCCCACCGUACGCCACCACGGUCCCGGAGCACGCUUCGGUGCGGGCAGGGGAGACAGUGCAGCUCCAGUGCCUGGCUCAUGGGACACCCCCACUCACCUUCCAGUGGAGCCGAGUGGGUGGCAGCCUCCCUGGGAGGGUGACCACCAGGAACGAGAUGCUGCGCUUUGAGCCCGCGGCCCCCGAGGACUCAGGCCGCUACCGUUGCCGGGUCACCAACAAGGUGGGCUCGGCAGAGGCCUUCGCCCAGGUGCUUGUUCAAGGCCCCUCUGGCUCCGUCCCGGCCACUGCCAUCCCAGCAGGACCCACACCCAUCAUUCAGGUCACACCUCAGCUGGAGACCAAGAGCAUAGGGGCCAGUGUCGAGUUCCACUGUGCCGUGCCCACUGACCGGGGCACCCAGCUCCGUUGGAUCAAGGAAGGGGGUCAGCUGCCUCCUGGCCACAGUGUGCAGGAUGGGGUGCUCCGAAUCCAGAACUUGGACCAGAGCUGCCAAGGGACAUAUGUUUGCCAGGCCCAUGGACCAUGGGGACAGGCCCAGGCCAGUGCCCAGCUGGUUGUCCAAGCCCUGCCCUCGGUGCUCAUCAACAUCCGGACCUCCGUGCAGACCGUGGUGGUUGGCCACGCCGUGGAGUUCGAGUGCCUGGCCCUGGGUGACCCCAAGCCUCAGGUGACAUGGAGCAAAGUCGGGGGGCGCCUGCGGCCUGGCAUCGUGCAGAGCGGAGGCAUCGUCAGGAUCGCCCACGUGGAGCUGACCGACGCAGGACAGUAUCGCUGCACCGCGACCAACGCUGCGGGCACCACCCAGUCCCACGUGCUGCUGCUUGUACAAGCCUUGCCCCAGAUCUCAACGCCCCCAGAGGUCCGUGUACCUGCUGGUUCUGCAGCCGCCUUCCCCUGCAUGGCCUCUGGCUACCCCACUCCUGACAUCACCUGGAGCAAGCUGGAUGGUAACCUGCCACCCGACAGCCGCCUAGAAAACAACAUGCUGCUGCUGCCUUCCGUCCGACCUCAGGACGCAGGCACCUAUGUCUGCACGGCCACUAACCGCCAGGGCAAGGUCAAAGCCUUUGCUCAUCUGCAGGUGCCGGAGCGGGUGGUGCCCUACUUCACGCAGACCCCCCACUCCUUCCUGCCGCUGCCCACCAUCAAAGACGCCUACAGGAAGUUCGAGAUCAAGAUCACCUUCCGACCCGACUCAGCCGACGGGAUGCUGCUGUACAACGGCCAGAAGCGGAUCCCAGGGAGCCCCACCAACCUGGCCAACAGGCAGCCCGACUUCAUCUCCUUCGGCCUUGUGGGGGGAAGGCCCGAGUUCCGGUUUGACGCAGGCUCGGGCAUGGCCACCAUCCGCCACCCCACACCGCUGGCGCUGGGCCAGUUCCACACCGUGACCCUGCUGCGCAGCCUUACCCAGGGCUCCCUGAUCGUGGGCAGCCUGGCCCCGGUCAACGGGACUUCUCAGGGCAAGUUCCAGGGCCUGGACCUAAAUGAGGAGCUCUACCUGGGCGGCUACCCCGACUACGGUGCCAUCCCCAAGGCGGGGCUGAGCAGCGGCUUCGUAGGCUGUGUCCGGGAGCUGUGCAUCCAGGGCGAGGAGAUCGUCUUCCACGACCUCAACCUUACCGCGCACGGCAUCUCCCACUGCCCCACCUGUCGGGACCGGCCGUGCCAGAACGGGGGCCAAUGUCAGGAUUCAGAGAGCAGCAGCUACGUGUGCAUCUGCCCGGCUGGCUUCACCGGGAGCCGCUGUGAGCACUCCCAGGCCCUGCACUGCCACCCAGAGGCCUGUGGGCCGGACGCCACCUGUGUGAACCGUCCUGAUGGCCGAGGCUACACCUGUCGCUGCCACCUGGGCCGCUCAGGGGUGAGGUGUGAGGAAGGUGUAACGGUGACCACCCCCUCCAUGUCGGGCACCGGCUCCUACCUGGCACUGCCCGCCCUCACCAACACACACCACGAGCUGCGCCUGGACGUUGAGUUCAAGCCUCUGGCGCCCGACGGCAUCCUGGUGUUCAGCGGGGGGAAGAGCGGGCCUGUGGAGGACUUCGUGUCCCUGGCAAUGGUCGGCGGCCACCUGGAGUUCCGCUACGAGUUAGGGUCAGGGCUGGCUGUGCUGCGGAGCCCCGAGCCCCUGGCCCUGGGCCACUGGCACCGAGUGUCUGCCGAGCGUCUGAACAAGGACGGCAGCUUGCGCGUGAACAGCAGAGCCCCCGUGCUGCGCUCCUCACCAGGCAAGAGCCAGGGCCUCAACCUGCACACCGUCCUCUACCUUGGGGGCGUGGAGCCCUCUGUGCGGCUGCCCCCCGCCGCCAACGUUAGCGCCCACUUCCACGGCUGCAUGGGCGAGGUGUCGGUGAAUGGGAAGCGGCUGGACCUCACCUACAGCUUCCUGAGCAGCCGGGGCGUCGGGCAGUGCUACACCAGCUCCCCAUGUGAGCGCCAGCCUUGCCGGCACGGCGGCACCUGCAUGCCGGCCGGCGAGUACGAGUUCCAGUGCCUGUGCGCAGGUGGCUUCAAGGGAGACCUCUGUGAGCACGAGGAGAGCCCCUGCCAGCUCCAUGAGCCCUGUCUGCACGGGGGCACCUGCCAGGGCACCCGCUGCCUCUGUCCCCCCGGCUUCUCUGGCCCCCGCUGCCAACAAGGCUCUGGACAAGGCACAGCGGAAUCUGAGUGGCAUCUGGAAGGCAGCGGGGGCAGCGAUGCCCCUGGGCAGUAUGGAGCCUAUUUCCACGAUGACGGCUUCCUCGCCCUCCCUGGCCGCAUCUUCUCCAGGAGCCUGCCCGAGGUGCCGGAGACCAUUGAGCUGGAAGUUCGGACCCGCACAGCCAACGGCCUCCUGCUCUGGCAGGGCGUGGACGUGGGAGAGGCCGGCCGUGGCAAGGACUUCAUCAGUCUCGGGCUUCAGGACGGGCACCUUGUCUUCAGCUACCAGCUGGGCAGUGGGGAGGCCCACCUUGUCUCUGAGGACCCCAUUGAUGAUGGCGAGUGGCAUCGGGUGACCACACUGCGAGAGGGCCGGAGAGGCUCCAUCCAGGUGGACGGUGAGGAGCUGGUCAGCGGCCAGUCCCCAGGCCCUAACGUGGCAGUCAACACCAAGGGCAGCAUCUACAUUGGCGGAGCUCCCGAUGUGACCACACUGACCGGAGGCCGGUUCUCCUCGGGCAUCACAGGCUGUAUCAAGAACCUGGUGCUGCACUCGGCCCGGCCUGGCGCCCCACCCCCGCAGCCGCUGGACCUGCAGCACCGCGCCCAGGCCGGGGCCAACACCCGCCCCUGCUCCUCGUAGGCAGCUGCCUGCCCCAGAUGGACUCCCGGGCAGCAUCCCAGCCCCACGACAUCGACUAUAUUAUUAUUAAUAUUAUUAUGAUGAAUAUUUUGUAAGAAACUGAGGCAAUGCCACGCUUUGCUGCUACUGCCCUGGGCUGGACUGGAGGGUGGGCACGCCACCCCCCCGUACACAAACACACCUGGGCAAAGCCGCAGGCUGGUAGGUAGGGCAGGUUGGAUGAGAGCCGGUGCCUCAGAGGGCCGCCAGGACUUGCGGUCAGACACGGUGGCCAAGUGGGCUCCCACCUGUCACUACCACUCGAGAGCCCCUCCCCGCCACGGAGCUGGGCUGUGCAGUCUGGCAGCCCUCAGGCAGCCCUCAGUCCCAUAGGAGCCAACCGCAGCCCGCAGCCUGGUGCCUCCCCAGCUCCCUUUGCCAGGCAGCUCACCCCUGGGCAGGCCAGCCCGCCACCGCCAGCCCGUGUCCCAGCCCCUUCCACCUCUGCCGAGCCAGCCGGGCCCCCUGCCCCUGGCAGCCUCCCCCUCCCACCGAGCCCUCCUGGCCCGCAUCCCGCCACCCCCACCCCCACCCCCCCAACACCUGGCCCAGGGCCCCUGCCCUCAGGGGCGGCAAGGGAAACUCCACCCCAACUCUUCCCAGGAGCUGCUACAGGCAGAGCCCAGCACUGAGAGGGUCUCCCCACCCACACCAGGCCAUACCCCACCCCCCCCCACUGAUCUGGAAGUGAAGGCCCAGGGGACAUGGGGGGAGGAGGGCACUGGUGGUUGAAAAGAGUUAGUGCCUUGGGUGGGGGAUGCCUGGGAGGGACAGGAAGGGCACAUGACAGCCCUGCCCCGUCUGUGGGGAGCCCAAGGGCCCGUCUGGGGGCACGUGCCCUCCCCACCAGCAGCCCGCAGAUGUGGGGUCAGGACGCCUGGACUCCAUGUCCUAGAAGGGACCCUCCUGUGGUCUUUGUCUUGAUCUUUCUUAAUAAACGGUGCUAUCCCUGCCA